AGUUGGGUAUCUUCUACAACUGUUCCUUUUUAUCUUCAAUCUUCUUUCACUGGACGCCUCUCAUAAUUAUCAUACAAUUUUUUUGAAUUUUUUUUUCCGAUUAAUUAUAGAUUUGAAGAAAAAUCAACAAUCAAUCUCGUAAGGACAAACGCUAGGCCAACUCCAAUUUCAUCUUGGAUUGUUUUAGGACUCCUGGCUGAUUGUGGCUAAGAUAUAGACUAGUACUGCAUUGUAUUCAACACUUAUGCUCAAGAUUUCUAGGACUGUCACCAAUGAAAAUUAAUACUGCCCGUGAAGGUUUAUCAUUAAUUGCACUGUAGAGUGGCACAAGGAUCCUGUAGUAUUUCAUUCAGUAGUACUUACAACGUUGCAAGAAUCAGAAGAACCACUAGAAGAGACUUGGUAUAUUUCUUGUAACACUUUAUAGUGUACGUAGAUGGCUAGUAGGAAACGAAGCAUGUCAAAUGAUGUAGAUAUGCAUGUCCUGUACAAGGAAUUGGAUGGAGCUUCAUGCCCUAUAUGCAUGGAUCAUCCACACAAUGCUGUUCUUCUCCUUUGUAGCUCUCAUGAUAAGGGAUGCCGGUCAUACAUAUGUGAUACAAGUUAUAAGCAUUCAAAUUGUCUGGAUCGUUUCAAAAAACUCAAAGCCGAAAAUAGGGACAAUCCUCCCAUUAUGACACAGGGGAACCUGGAUAUUGCUGUUGAGACACCCGCUGAACACUUGGAGCUGAAAAAUUUAAGUGAUCGUACUGUUGUUCACGGAUAUCACGAUAUACCUGCCAAUGAAGUUGUAGCAACUGGUGCAUUUCCUGGAGGAUCAGAAGAAAAUGGAAAUAGUAACAGAGAUAAUCGCAUGGAGAUGCAGGAAGGUGGUCUACAGACUUCAGAUGCUGUUACUGUAUGGGGAAGUAGUCAUGAAACAGCGAAUGCAGACAACUCAUCUGACUCAAUAUUGAAAUUGAAGUGUCCUAUGUGCCGUGGAGACGUUUUAGGUUGGAAGGUAGUGGAAGAAGCCAGAAAGUAUCUAAAUUUGAAGCAUAGAAGUUGCUCUCGUGAAUCAUGUUCAUUCCUCGGUAACUACAGAGAAUUGCGCCGGCAUGCUAGGAGAGAUCACCCUACAGCACGCCCUGCUGAUAUUGAUCCUUCAAGACAGCGAGCUUGGAGACGGCUUGAGAAUCAGAGAGAGUACGAUGACAUUGUCAGUGCUGUUCGCUCUGCCAUGCCUGGUGCAGUUGUGUUUGGAGAUUAUGUGAUUGAGAAUGGCGACAGGCUAUCUGGCGAAAGGGAACGUGGCUCAGGCGCAAACGGAAGAUGGUUGAGUACCUUUUUCUUGUUUCAGAUGAUUGGCUCAAUGGAUCCAAUAUCUGAAGCAAGAGGUGGCAGGUCAAGAGCUUUGUCAAGGCACCGUCGAUCCACUGGACCUCUAUCUAGGCGCCGGUAUCCUUGGGGUGAAAACCUACUUGGUCUACAAGACCACGACAAUAAUGAAGAUGAGGGUGAACCUGAUCUUAACAUAUUGAGUGGUGAUAUGUCUAAUAAUCCAAGAAGGCGCAGGCGGUUGAUGCGGUCUAGGUCAGAUGAAGAUCAGCAGUAAGACCCUUAAUUCAUGGGAUUGUAUUAAUGGUCUGUACAGGAGGGGACUGUUUACACUAAGAUCAAUUGGAAGUUUCUUGUGUUCCACUUUGCUACAGAAAGAUAAGAGUGCAAUUCUUAACAAAAUUUAGAAACUUGUGUGUUAGAUAUAAUAAUUUAAAGGGUGAAAACAGGUUGUCCCUGUGAUUGUGGGUGGUAGCUUCAGAAUGUAAAAUUUCCAUUUGGUCUUUGAUUUCCUAACUCUGAAACAUUGUUCAUCUUAUAUUGUAUUUUCAUCAGUGUAUUUCUUUAUGCUUUGA